GCGGCUGCUGGGCGCCGGCAGGCAGGUGGAGCGGGAGCAACAAGUCCUCCGGCGGCGGCGGGGAGGGGAGCGGGAGGCGGAGGGGGGGCGCUUCCCGCCCCGCGCCUGAAAACCUCUCUGACAAGUGGCAAAGCGCUCGCAGAGCACGCUGCUCGCUCCGAAGGGCGGCUGCAAGCCGCGGGGGCUCGCCUCGCACCCAGCCCCGCUGCCGGCCUGUGGCUCGUCGCCCCCGCCUGCCGCCGCCGCUGCCGCGGGUGGGUCGCGACCUGGUGCGGUCGCGGUGCGGUGCGGGCUGCGGAGCGCGCCGCCGCUUCGCCUUCAAAGUGUGCGAGCCGCCCGCGGGCUCUGCUCCUACUUACCGCGGUUGAUUUUUUUUUUUCUUCUUUGAAAUCAUUAUUUUGCCAUUUUGUUAUUUAUUUUCUCCUACUUCGUUGCUGUUAUUUUUGUUAUCGUUGUUUGUAAACUAAUUGCCUCGAUGGGGGGCGGAGGAAAGGAAAUCAAAGCUGCCGCAGCUGAAGGGUGUGCGAGCACGCUGGGGAAGAGCCGAGGAGCCGCAGGACGGGAUGGCAGCGGGAAGCCCGGCGGCAGCGGGAAGCCCGGCCUCGGGAAGCCCGGCUGCGGCGGGGAGCGCUGCCCGCGGCGGGCCGGGCCGGUCGGCUGCGCGCUGGCCGCGCUCCUCUCGGCGCUGGCCGCGGCCUCCUGCGUCUACCUGGGGCUGCGGACCAGCGACCUCCAGGCCAGGGUCGCGGCCAUCGAAGGCGCCCGAGGGGGCUUCUCUGCCGCCGCCCCGCUCCCGCCGCUGCCCGGCUUUUCCUUGGAGCAGCUGAACGCGAUGAUGCAGGAGAAAGUGGAGCGACUUCUCGCCCAGAAAUCCUACGAGCACUUGGCAAAAAUACGAGUAGCGAGAGAAGCGGCUCCAGAGUGCAACUGCCCACCAGGUCCUCCAGGGAAAAGAGGUAAGCGGGGAAGAAGAGGAGAGACCGGACCUCCUGGUCAGCCUGGUCCUCAAGGCCCUCCUGGUCCAAAAGGCGAGAAGGGAGAUCAAGGUGAUCAGGGCCCUCGGGGUCUGCCAGGCUUCCCCACAGUUGCUGCUCUGCACAGUAAUCAGAUCCUCACCGUCAAGGGGGACCAAGGACAAGCUGGACCCCCUGGACCUCCAGGGCCCCCAGGACCCAGAGGUCCCCCAGGAGACACUGGCAAAGAUGGUCCUCGUGGGAUGCCUGGCUUAAUGGGUGAACCAGGAAAACCAGGAGAACAAGGAUUGACAGGACCUCAGGGGCCUCCAGGACAAAAGGGUUCUGUCGGAGUGCCUGGUGUUCCCGGGAGAGAUGGACAAGUGGGUGAACCUGGUUUGCCUGGCAUAGCAGGAGAGAAGGGAGAAGCAGGGCUCAAGGGUGACCCUGGAGAAAGAGGAGAAAAGGGGGAUGCUGGUGAGAAUGGACUGAAGGGUGACACAGGAGAAAAGGGUGACCCUGGAUCUUCUGCAGCUGGAAUUAAGGGUGAACCUGGUGAAUCUGGACAGCCUGGACAGAAGGGUGAACCAGGCCUUCCUGGGCUUCCUGGACUCCCUGGAAUAAAGGGUGAACCAGGUUUCAUGGGUCCUCAAGGAGAACCUGGGUUGCCAGGGCUACCAGGAACAAAGGGUGACAGAGGAGAGGCAGGCCCUGUUGGGAAGGGUGAGCGAGGUGAACCUGGAAUCCCUGGACCAAAGGGUGAUACAGGUGAGAGAGGUGACACAGGAUCUGCAGGUCCACAGGGACCACCUGGACAGAAGGGUGAUCAAGGUGCAACAGAGAUCAUUGAUUAUAAUGGCAAUAUCCAUGAAGCUCUGCAGGGGCCACCAGGACCACCAGGACCCCAGGGGCUGCCAGGGUCAAAGGGUGAACCAGGAUCUCCAGGAACUCCAGGAGCUGAUGGCGAGCAGGGUCCUAAGGGCUCAAAAGGAGACACAGGUGAUCCUGGAAUGCCUGGAGAGAAAGGAGGAAUUGGACUGCCUGGCCUACCAGGAGCCAACGGCAUGAAAGGCGAAAAAGGAGACGUUGGUUUGCCUGGUGCCCAAGGUCCCUCAAUGAUAGGACCACCUGGACCACCAGGACCACAUGGUCCUCCAGGCCCUAUGGGACCUCAUGGACUGCCUGGCCCAAAGGGUGAACCAGGGUUAAAUGGUCUUAAAGGAUUGAAGGGUGAACCAGGUCAAAAGGGUGACAGAGGGCCCCUUGGUCUUCCAGGAGCAUCUGGCUUAGACGGAAAGCCAGGAGCCCGGGGUUUAGAUGGCCCAGUUGGUCCCCAUGGCCCUGCAGGUCCCAAAGGAGAGAGAGGUGAGAAGGGAACUGUAGGUGACCCUGGACCCAGAGGACCAUACGGCUUGCCUGGCAAGGACGGCGAGCCUGGCCUUGAUGGUUUCCCUGGUCCUCGAGGAGAAAAGGGUGAUAUAGGAGAAAAGGGAGAAAAGGGGGAAAAGGGAAAGAAAGGCAAAAAAGGGCCUAAAGGGGAGAAAGGAGAACAGGGUGCUCCUGGAUUAGAUGCACCUUGCCCAUUGGGUCCUGAUGGAUUACCCAUGCCUGGCUGUUGGCAAAAGGUAGGAUGGGCAGAGACUUUUCUUUUCAGGAGCAGUAUGUCCUUAGCACACAGAAAUGCCUGUCACAAUCGUACUGAGCAGUAUCAAGAUACACCUCAGAGCCCCCUAGACAGACAUAUCCAGCAAUGCAAGAUCAGACUCUGCAUGACAGUAGUUCAGGUCAUACGUUGUAAUUUAUGUAGAAUAAUUCAUUGAGGCAGCAGUACUGUAGAAAUAGUUGGUGUUAGUUUCCUGGAAAAUCCAAGACUUUUCUUCUUUUGUGUGGAGACUCACACAUCCUUUGGUUUCUGGAGAUGAUCAGUGUUUCCUAUUCAUUAUAAAAGCUCAUGGAUGGGGCAUUUUUGUCAAGUAUUUCUGUCCAUCUAUUAUUAUAUUGGUUUUCUGGGGUACUGAGAAGGACGAUGUAUCCUCACCUUUUUUUUUGUCUUACUUUUCUAUUCCUCAGUAAAUCCCCUUGGUUUUGUGUUUUAUGGCAAUAUUGACUGGGGACAUUAUUUUAGUGAGGAUUUAACCUAGAGAGUGCUUGAUUUAAAAACAUGGCCUUCAGAAUAAUAUAGUUGGAGGGAUACUGGCGUAUAAUAUAUCAGAAAAUAUUAAGCAUAAGUGAAAUCCCAGGUGCAUUAUCUCUGAAGAAUAGUUGGUGCUGAGGAAAUAACUAUCCAUAUUAGCAACUCUGUAUAAGUAACUCUAUGUACAAGUAAUAGAUGUCUGAAAUACCUUACUAAUUUGAUUAAUCUAUCUCUUUUUGUCUCUGCAGUGAUGAAUCUAACCAAGCAUGAAGUUGUGUAUAUAGUGCUCCACUUUUUUUAUUUAUAGUUGAGAACUGAAAAUUUGAUUUUACAAGUCUGAGAUACGUUUACAUGUAGCAGCUUCUACUUGUUUGCAGUAGUCCAUACAUACAUCUUUUUUUCACCUACAUCUGUAGUUAGAUGAUACAAUAACUGCAGGAUAAACCUGCAAAGAUUGUCUCUCUAAUGAGAGUGAUCAAUCUCAAAACAAUGAUCAAUAAUAGAAAUUAAUAUUUCUGUAAAUUCUUACGUUUUGGCUUGUGGAUGUGCAUGGACAAUGAGUGCCAUGAAUUAGUUUACAAGAAAUUAUGACCAAAUAAGAGCAAAAUGCUAUGAAAUGUACUGUACCAGCUGCUGUUGGAGUUUACUGACUUGGCUUCCAUCUCCAUCUUAAACGCAUCACUGAUUCAUGACACCACAUCUGCUCAUAUGAACUAAAAGCAUGAGUUUGUGUGCCACACCUGCUUGCUGUGUGGUCGUGAGUGGUUGUGCACAGUGACCUUUGAUUCCAGCUUCUGAGUCAUUUCCUUUUGUCAUCUCAAGGGGGUCACACCAUGGCUCAUUGCUAAAAAGAGAUAAACCAGAGGAGCAUAAAAAGAGGCCUUGAAUUUUUGGGGGAUAGCAUUCCAGCUGCAGGUGGAUUCCAGUCUUGCGGGAUACUUGGCCCCUUUGAUCAAGGAGGGUCCUGCCUGUUGAUCAGCAUCAGUUUUGCCUUGCACUGCUCACGGUGGUGAAGACAUUCACGGUAGGCCCUGUCGAGUCCUUAAUCAAGAGGGGCAGAAUGUUGAAGAAGAAUCCAGACUUCUUUGUGGGUUGUUUGAAGAGGUUCCAGAGGUGCUGUGGGGAUCAUUUCAUGGCAGACACCAUCUGAGACCAGAAGCUUCUCAACCUCACUCGAAGAUGGACAGAGUGUAUAUACUCUGCAUAUUGUAUUUUGGGACUGCUGGAGGUGAAAGCACUCUUGAAGUGGGGAUGAAUCAGGUUGUCCUCCAGAGGAGGACAGCAAUGAAACUGACCUAUCAUGGUGUGGUUUUCAGGUUAUUCACUUUAAAUUACACAUAACUAGCUGAACUUCGCUACAGGAUUUUGGAAGCAAUGGUUUGUUUUGUUUCCUUUUCCUGUUACUGUUGCCAUAAAGAAUGCAUUUUGAUAAUCUAUUCUACAUUUGUGAUGACGGCAUUGAAGAAAAUACUUUCAAGCCACAUAUUCAUCUUGUUUCAGUAUUAACAGUUUUUAUUUCAGAGUCUUUGAAGCCUUUAAGUCUAGAAAAGAAAGAUUUAUUUUUGUGUUUCACAGAAUGAUGUAUUCACCUUGUUCCUUCUGUGUUGUUAUGGUGAUUUUAGUGGACACUAUUGCUCAAAAAACAUUGGGGAGAAACAGUUCUCUGUGAUUAUCACUGCACGCUUGUCACCAUGCUCCACUGUUAAAUGUGUUGAUUUUUCUCUCUGUUCAGAUGGCUUUCUAGAGAAACUUUUCCUUCUCCGCUUUUUUUUCAUUGCUAGAAAUACGUAAUUUGUGCACAUUUGUAGUUUUGCCACGAGGUAUUUUUUACAACUUUGAGUCUUCAUAUGGUGCACUGAAGUUAGUUUGAGAGAUUAAUUUAUGAGAAAUGGUGCCGUAUUCGGUAGAUGGAAAUUCUUUUUAUAUCACUUCUGUUCCUAAUGUAUAUAGCAGGAUCAUCCCUAACGUUUUUAGUGAUUUUUGGAGAGUUGUCUUUCAUAUGUAGACCAGAACUAAAGUUGAAGAAGACAGCUUAUCUCCAUUCACAUGAAGGCACCUUAUGCCCUUCUUGGAACACACAUUUUUCCGUGCUCCAUCGUUUCUAAAUCAUGUGAAGAUGGGGUCACACUUUUUCUAUUGCUUCAUGAUCUCAGAUCAAUGGAAAUGCUACUAUAAUGGAAGGUUUCUCUUUGAUGAAUCUUUAUUGUCAUUUUGGUAUAUUGCAGUCAAACACAGGUUUUCAUUGAGGAAAACCCAGAUUUUUAAAGCGAAAAGUCAAUUUAGUGGCCUCCGAUUAGUAGUAUCUUACUAAUAAAAGACAAAAACCUGACACUAUACACUGAAUACAUACGUGUUUUUACCACUCAAUUCAGAGUAUUUACAUGCAAAAUCAAGUAAGAUGUUUAUUAUCUGGCUAGGUGAUUUAGCAACUCCAUAUUGAGACUGUCCACAAACACAACUCAUUUAAGGAAUAGCAACAAGACAAAUAAUGUCAUAAGCACUUUCUUUUUCUUAUUUUAAAUUUGUGUACCUAUAUUUUUUAACUGCCCUCCUAUCAUCCAUUUCUAUAUGCACCAGUAAAGCUAGCAGAGCUUGGAGCCAUGGUUUUGUCAUUCAGGAAAUAAUUACAGGCAAUACUGUUAAAUUUAAUCAAAACUCAAUUCGUCUUUAACUCUCUGACACUGAGACCCUACUGAAGAAACACUUAAGUACCUUCAUUUGCUUUCUUUUCUGUCAUGUAAAUUAAUUUCUUUAUUAAAUUUCCAGCAGGUAGGAAUAUUUCUUUUUUUUCCAAAUUAUCUUACUUGGCUUUUUUAGUCUUUGUGUUGUUCAAUAUCAAGAAGUGUUCGUUCCUUUUAAAUGACCAUGAGUGAGCAGUAGAUAAACAAUUAAUUUGAAAGGUUUAACUAUAUACCUAGAUUUGGCAUUAAUAUUUGCAUAUCAGAUUGAAUUGAAAUGAACUUAACCAAAUCUAGAAAAGUUGCAUGGUCACAAGAAAAAAAAACUUGAUUUAGUAUUUCAUCAAGAAAAGCACCCUGUGAAGACUUGCAACAUGUUUAUUUUGUUCAAGAAGCAACUAUUUCUGGUGCUAGUAUAUCUUUUUCCUUUUGAUGGCAAAGCUACAGUUUGAACUGCCAGUGUGUUGUAUCUUUAAGUGUCAGCUUUCCAGAUAGGUAUGAUUUGUUUUGUUUAGUUUGUGACAGGAACAGUAGUUCCUCUACCAGUCUUUUCAGUUGUAGAAAUGUGUAGUGGUACACAGUUUUUAUAUCCCUGACUUUUUCAGGUAUGAUUAAUCCUUGUUUCUUUGAGAGUUUUCAGUAUUUGUUUCAUAUGAAGUUUUGUAAUUAUCUGUUACUCUAGUGCAUUAAAGCCACAUAGUGCAGAAGUCCUGCUACAGAGGCCACAAAUCUUUUAAGCACUGUAUGGAAUACGUCUGACAUACAUGGUCCUUGUCUUCAUAGUCAUAGGCUAACUAUGAGAAAGCUUUCUUGCAGGAUACUUUGGACAACAAUUUUUUUCCCUGAGAUAAAGCAUGAGAUGUUAAAUCACAGAGCAGUGAUACAAUGUAUUUUUGAUUUAUCUUUAUUUAUUGCUGGUCGUGGUGCCAUAUUCUGAUAGUGUAGAAAAGCAGAAUGAUACUCUUCAUCCAGCCGUUCUUAUAGUCUGUGUUGUAAUUAGUAUGAGUGAGUUUCAGAAUGAUCAAAUCCAUAUAUCUGCACAUGUGUGAAGUAUAGAGUUGGAAAAAGAAUAAUUCUUAAGAUUGAUGUACAGUGUGGGAAGUUAGCAUUGGCUCCAAUGGGAUGGCACCCGUGGAUGGGGGUGCGUGUGAUCACCAGUGACAUGGUUAUGCCACCAGCGAGACAAAGCAACCCCAAAUGACACCAGCAGACCUUUGGUCCUCGUGGGAGGUUGGUGCUUAUAAGGCUGGGGGUGUGCCAGGGCAUAUGGCUGGGUUCCUAGAUCCCCAUGGGGUGUGGAGACAGUUGUCCCACUGACCACCCCAGAAAUGGGAUCGUAAACCUGUGCAAGGCUCCCCUGGCUGUGCCUUCCCAAACCCAGCAAGGACCAGGGGACAGAGAUGCAUCCUCUCCUUGCAAAGCUCUUUGAGACAUGCAGGAGGAGAGACCCAGGUGGUGUGCUUUGUAACAAGGGGAAUAAUUCCACCCUCAGCUGUGGGGUUUUGCCUAAAUCUGGACUACUUCAGCGAGAAUUGCAGAGAUACUGACACCCUGUUUAUUGAAAGUGAUGAAGAGGUUCAAGGCAUGCAGAAGUUGACCCUGCCCUUCAAAUUUCCUGAUCUCUGCUGCUUGACCAUCUUAAAUUACAUUUUUAAAUCUCUGUAUUUUACCUAAUGAAUUCCCUAAAUUUUCACACUAAAGACUCACACAAAACAUAUCUGCAAAGUCAAAAGGAAGUCUAAUUUGUAGUCGUUGCAAAAAUUCUAUUUCAGUGACUGGAAUUAAAACUAACACUGUUGCGUUUUGGGAUUUUUUUCCUGCAUUCUAGGGGAUUUUUUUCUUUUCUGCAAUUUGUUUUUAUGGAUGUCAAUGUUGCUGUAAUGUACAAAUGAAGGUUUUCUUGCACCCUCUGUUAUUGAAGUAUUUUAUGUGGUGGUUGGAUUCAUUAAAUGCAGUUAGUAACAAGUGCCUGCCACCAUCAUUUCUGAAAAAGAUACUCUACAGAACGAGAGGAGUUUGUAUUUUAAAAGGGAUUUGGAGUGUUGUUUUUGUUUCAUUUUGUUUUUAAAUGCAUCCAAUUAUCAAUGCUGCUUGGAAAUUGAAUUUUCUUUGAAAGCAGGGGGCCUUAACUUAACCUGGGACCGUUAGUGUUUUACUUGUUUCUAUUUAAAAAAGAAAUUGUAUGAAUUUCCCAGAUCCCAUUGGUACUUGCACACUUCUCUGAAGUAUUAUGGAGAGUUGGGUUGGUGGAAGAAUGUUUUACAUAUUGUUAACAUAUAUGUGGAUAUUCUUAUAUUAUUGUACAUGUUUGGGAAAAUAUCACACAACUUUAAAGAUGUUGCUAAGAUGUAUGUAUCUGACUUUUUCCUUUGGAAAAUAUUAUAUAUUUUUAUUUGUAUUUUUUACUUUUUUAAGUUCAUCUGUAUGUGCCGUUAUUUUUGUAUUGCAAAUGGUCUCAUAAAUGAAGUAGAAGAGAUAAAAAUACAAAGUAAUUUGGCAAGGAUGUCAAUGCUUGGGGGGGGACAUAUGUGGAUCAGCAUCAUAUUAUCAAUACUAGGAAUAUUUUGAGUGUCUUAGCACUGUACAUAUGUCACAAGACCUCUUUUGAUGAGUAGUGUAAAGAACUGCAAGGUUUUAAUCACACAUUUUAGUUUGUUAUUAUUUACCACUUUCUUGUGGCCACUGGUCUUGACUUAAUUGAACUCGAUCAAACAGCAUGCUUUUGUUUUUAUUAUUAAAAUUUCUCUUUGUUUUUUCAGUUCAA